AUGACUCAUACCCUCCAUCUUACGACCAUUUCCAGCCGAAUAUUCCUCGAAACCCCCCGCCAAUGCAUCCGCAUCCCCCACUCCCUCCACGACAACAUCCGCGAAGACAUCCUCCUCGAAUCCCAACUCCUCCUCCUCUCCUUCGCAAUCGGUAUCCAAGAUGCCGCCGCCUGGCCUACCUACGGCUGCUUCGCCUCCAACCAAACCGGCAACAUGCUAUUCCUGGCCCUCGGUGGCGCCGGCCUCGCAACCACAGCUGACUACAACUUUCGAAACCUAGGCAUGAGUCUGGGUGCCUUCAUAGCGGGUGCUCUCGUCAUGGGCCAGAUCGGCAAUUACGUCGGAGUCCGUCAGCGAUGGUGGCUGCUCCUUUCCAGCUUCGUUCAGUCAGGGUUGGUAUUUUCGGCUGCGGGGGUGAGUGAGCGGGCGAAUGCCCUGGUCACGUUGUUCAUGUUGGCGUUUGCGUCUGGGGCGCAGGUGGCGAUGGGUCGUGCAUUAAAGAUCACGGAUAUUACGACUGCUAUGGCAACGGCGGCGUAUGUGGAUGUUGUUAUUGAUCCGGGGUUACUGAAGGGGAGGAAUCGGGGGAGGAAUCGGAGGGUGUUGUUUCUUGGGCUGUUGAUGGCGGGGUGUUUUGUAGGUGCGGUUUUGGUGAAGGUGGUGGGGGAGAGGGGGACGUUGGUUGUUAGUGGGGGGUGUAAGAUUGUGGUGAUGGUGGGGUUUUUGUUUAGUAGGAGGGUGGAUAUGGAUUGUUAGAUUGGGGGGGUUUGUAGGUGACUAGGGCUCGGUUUGUUGUAUGUUGAUAUCGGGUGUGAUUGAUCUUUCCCCGGGCGGGUUGUAACUUGAUAUAAGAUAGAGGGAUUGAGAGGAGACUGGCUGUAUUAUAAUUCUUUUUUCUGUCAUAUUAUUAAUUCUAUUGGGUGUUUAGUCUAUG